AGGUAUAGGCUUAUAUAGAGGAUUUCCUACGCGGCAAGGUAGAACGACGCCGGGUCUAUGUUUUACCGCCUACCUACAUAGGUAACCUCCCUACCUGCAACCUCCCUCGUGGGCUAAUACCCGGCACAUUCCCCUACGGCCUAGGUAUACCUACGUAACCACCCCUCUCCCAGUUGUUCGCGGAUAGUCGACAGCUGCAUACGAGGAAUGGUUCUCUCUCUCCGCACUCUCUCCCCCUUACCUUGCCCUCUCUCUCUCUCUCUCUCCGGAUGUGCCUCACAGCUGGGUCUAACCUAGCUCUGGGGCAGCUCUGCAAGGGGUCGCCCCGAACCCGAACCACGUAACUGCUGCGGAAAAAGUAAGCGUCUUACACAUCAUUCGUGGGUUCUGUGGUAGGGCCGAGCGCUUAGGUCGGAGUGUGGUUGGCAGAGGCAGGCCGGGUGCUUAAUGGCGUGCGCCACUCAUCUAAAACCGCUCUUGGGGUCGAGGACACCGGAGAUAAAAUCGUCUUGAGGCGCUCGACUCGAAGCGUCUUCUCUUUGUUGUCCGCCCCAGACAAUCGAUUGUGUGCUUCUUCGCUUUGUUGGAAUGCUGUGUCUGGGCCAUUGUCUACCGAUGGGGAGUCGAACCCGACAGGUCAAGGACGGGCUGCGAUCAAAGAACACGCAGACGGAACCGGGAUGUCGAGAAAGGAACGGUCGAUUCUCUUAUUCCAGCGUGCCACUUAAUCCCAAACAAGGAAACCCUCAAUCUCGAACCAUCCGAGUACUCCGACUCCUCCCGACAAAAGUCCAUGGCCUGCCCUCCUGCCAGAUACGAACUAUCGAGUUCGACAGCGCUCAGAGGUCAUCUUAUCACGCUCUCUCCUACACAUGGGGCCCCACCACACGAGAAGAGGCCAGGAAGGGGAUGAAUGACGAAAGAAACUGCCCCAUAACCUGCAAUGGUAGGCCGCUGCUGGUGACGAAGAACCUCUUCAAUUGCCUCAGUCAGCUGGAGAAGAACCGCUACUAUGGCCAAGACCUGUGGGCGGACGCGAUAUGCGUGAACCAGGAUGACCGUGAAGAGCUCUGCGGACAAGUCAGCAUCAUGGCGGAUAUCUACCGUUCGGCCGAUCGUGUCAUAAUAUGGCUUGGUGCUGCCGAUGAAUUCACGCCGUAUGCAUGGAAGCUGGUAGACAAACUGAGCGGGCUCUCCAAGGAAGACAUGGACUCCAUCACACCUUCAAUCACCCACGAGCAGCGCCACCCCGACUUGCUGGGGGAUCUCAACUCUCGUGAAUACUGGACCGCGCUGGCUCUGCUCUUUGGGAGGGCCUGGUUUACGCGUGCAUGGGUAGUUCAGGAGUUCGUGCUAAGUCGUCGCACUAGGAUGUUGUGCGGCGAUUACCCUUUCAGAUGGGACAACAUCGUCGCCGCCUCGCACCUCAUGUCCAAGAAGGUACACAUAAACACGUUUCAGGGAAGCCUUCCCGACAACUUCGGGGUUGAUUUGCUCUCCUACAAGAACCCCGCGAAGCUAGCGGCGAUAAAGAGAGACGUCCUAGCAGCGAAAGGGGAUGUUCUGCUGCACAGCCUCAUCCGAUGCCGGACCUACGAGGCAUCGAAGAACCACGACAAGGUGUAUUCGCUAGUCGGCUUGACGAUUCCCCAGGGGAAUAACUACCCCAGCUCCCUAUACCCCAAUUAUGACAGUAGCCUUACGAUGCUGUACAUCGGAGUCGCAAUAUAUAUUCUCAAAACUACGGACCACCUGCACCUUCUCGCCCACGCCGAGGGAGACGCAUUUAGGAACGACCCUGAACUGCCCUCGUGGGUACCAGACUGGAGCGUGAGGAAGGACCUCGGCCUUCGGAUCACCGGGUACGAAAGGUAUCGCGCCGCGGGCGAGCGGCCGUGCUUCAAAAUCGUCCGGGGGAGCCGCGCCCUGAUCGUGCGCGGGUUCGAGCUCGACACCGUCAGUCGCGUCGGGGCGACCAAGGCCGAGGUCAGCAGCGCCAGGGACUGCGCCGACUGGCUGGACCUCGUCCGCGAGCUGGAGCGCGACGACCCGACGCGAGACCACCGGGACGCCUUCUGGCGCACCCUCCUCAUCGACACCGACCCCAGCGGCCAGGUGCCGAUCCGCCAGCCCUGGGAGGGCGCGUUCGAGGUGUGGAUGGGCCUGCCGCGCCCGCGCCCGCCCACCGACGCCCAGAGGCGCCGCGCCGCCGAGUUCGAGACCUCGUUCGCCCACUCCCCGCACCUGCGCCUGUUCCGGACCGCCCGCGGCCACCUCGGCUGCGGCUCGCUGUCCUGCCGGCAGGGCGACUCCGUCUGGAUCGUCCAGGGCUCGAGGGUGCCUCUCAUCCUGCGGCCGGCCCCCUGGGGCGCGUAUACUCUCGUCGGGGGCACGUACCUCCACGGCUUCAUGCAGGGCGAGGCGCUGGAAGGCCGCGAGGGCCAGGAGUUCGGGGAACUGACUCUGGUGUAGGCGGGGGGCGCUCAGCCCUCGAAACCCCCAGUCACUACCUACCCUACGUACCUACCUGCCUACCAUCUGGCAAUUUGCACAGCAUUU